AUUACAUAAUACUCCUCAGUCCAUGGAGAUACGAUAGAGAAAAAACUUUUCAAUUCCAAUUAAAAGCAAAAUAAUUUUUACUAAUUAUGAGUGCGAAGAGAAGAGCUAAAAGUAGUUCUCAAGUUAGCCUUCAACAUGAAAUGUCAGUUUGCGGUAACACUCCUGUUAAAAGAGGUGAAUCUACGUUUUCAAUAAGAGCUAGUGAAGCAGGCAAUGCGGAAGAAAAAGCACUUCCUUCUAUUGGGCCUCAAAAGUUCCAAAGCAACAGCAAAACAGAUUUAUCUCUUCCUUCGAAAACAAAUCCACCUGUCGGAUUUUUCAAAGCAUUCUGCAAAGGAAUCAGAGGAUUAUGGCAAACACGAUACACAGAGGAUUAUACAGAUCGAGAAAUGAUUGUGAAAACCACAUUAAGAGAGUUGGCAAUUUAUUUUGUUUUUGUUCUCAUUUUGUGCAUAAUAACAUUUGGUAUGACAAGCUCUACAAUGUUUUACUUCACUAAAGUAAUGAAAGAUCUUUUUAGUGGUGAUCCAAAUAAUCCUCCAACAUUUGAUUCUGUCGGAAAUAUGGGCGAUUUUUUUGCUUAUGCAAUCAAUACUACUUUAUUGAGUGGACUUUAUUUUGAAAACUUUUAUAAUGGAGAUCCAGUACCUGAUAAUAUGAAAGGAUAUAUUUAUUUUGAAAAUAAGAUAUUAGGACGCCCAAGAUUGAGACAAGUUCGAGUUAAAAAUGCUUCAUGCAUUGUUGCUGAUUAUUUCAAAGACGACAUUAAAGAAUGUUAUGCUCCUUUUUCUUCGUCUGUUGAAUCAACAGCAAGUUUUGGACCAGAAAAUGGAUCAGCCUGGACUUAUGCAUCAGAACAAGAACUAAAUGGAAGAACACUUAGUGGACAAAUGUCAUCAUAUUCAGGUGGUGGUUUUACAGUGUUGCUAGGGGCAACUUCUGAUGAAUCAACUCAAAUUUUAAGUAACCUUCAGGAACAUCUCUGGCUUGAUCGUUCAACUAGGGCUGUAUUUAUUGAUUUCUCUGUGUAUAAUGCUAAUAUUAACCUGUUUUGCAUUAUUACAUUACUCUUUGAGUUUCCAGCUACUGGUGGUUGUCUUACAUUUUCGACUUUCCGCACUUUAAAACUAUUGCGCUAUGUUACCACUAUGGAUCACUUUGUGAUGGCUUGUGAAGGACUAUUUAUUGUAUUUAUUGUAUAUUAUUUCAUUGAAGAAUCUUUAGAAAUUAAGAGGCAUGGUAAAAAAUAUUUCUCUGAUAUGUGGAACAUCUUAGAUCUAGUUGUUAUUGGCAUGGGAUUUAUUUGCAUGGCCUUUAAUAUCUAUCGAACAGUAACAGUCAACAAAAUUUUGCGUC